AUGUCCAACCCCGCGCAAUCGUUCGAACCCUCGCGACGGGCGACAACCUACGGCCGACCUGAGGAGCUCCAUAUCCCCUCCGGAGCCCCCAACCUCCAGCGACAGUCGAUGUCCCACGAAUAUCCUGCGAGCCACGACAACCACGUCCCUUCGAUCAACCUGCACCCCUCAGCUGCUCCACCCAGCCAAUACUCGGGUGGAAACGCCGGCGCCGGCGGCGUUCUCCCAGGUGCCCUCCAGUCAGGCAACGUCAACCGCCCCCCUGCGGUGUCAGUGAACACUGCACCCUCUGCCAUACCAACGUUACCCCAAUUGACCACCACAAUGCAACCUCCGCUGUCGUCAGGGCCACUGCAAGCCCAACCGCAGCUUCAACAGCAACAGCAGUCGACAAACGCUCGCUCCAGCAUGGUCAAUUCCCAUGGACAUUCCCGAUCCAGCCCCGCGGGGUUCGAGCAGCCGAAAUACAGACAGCCUGGCGGCUCGCCUAAUGCGGCAUAUCCGCCUCAGACCCCUCAGGGCACAAAGUACUCGCCGCUAGGGCUGGCGGACAUCCGACCGGCCGGAGAUCUGCUCAGCGAGGUGAUUGCCAACACCAGCAACCCGAGCGUGCAGCCGUAUAAUGGCGACAACCAGGUGCCGACCAACAGCAACUAUAUUGCCCCGUGGCCAAUCUAUGCGGUGGACUGGUGUAAAUGGCCCACUACCGGGAGCUCCAGCUCGUUCGGCGGCAAGAUCGCCAUGGGAAGCUACUUGGAGGAUAACCACAAUUACAUCCAAAUCAUCGAAACCCAUUGGACACAACCCGAUCCUGAUACACCCGAUGCAGCAACAGGAGAGAUCAAGCUGGAGUACGUGAAAACCGCCGAGGCCACCCACUCGUACCCGGUGACGCGGAUCCUCUGGGAGCCUCCGUCGUCUCAGAAGCAAUCCACCGAUCUUCUGGCGACGUCGGGCGACCACCUGCGGCUAUGGUCGCUGCCCGCGGUGCAGCCCUUGCAGAGUUCCAACUCCAUCACGCGGUCCGUCACGCAAAGCACUCCGACAGCCAAACUAUCCCCGCUGGCUCUGCUGUCGAACUCCAAGUCGCCGGAGCAUACGGCGCCGAUCACCUCGUUGGACUGGAACACCAUCUCCCCGAGCCUGAUUAUUACCUCCAGCAUCGACACCACCUGCACCAUCUGGGAUAUCCCUACGCUCACUGCGAAAACGCAGCUGAUCGCACACGACAAGGAGGUGUACGACGUGCGGUUCUGCGCGAACAGCGUCGAUGUCUUUGUCAGCUGUGGCGCCGACGGUAGCGUGCGCAUGUUCGAUCUGCGCAGCCUGGAGCACAGCACCAUCAUCUACGAACCCACCGAGAAGAACGAAAAGAUCAUAAGUCCUCCCCCGGGCAAUGGAAGCCCCUCCGCGCCACAGUCCGCAUGGCCCCCACCGUUAUUACGAAUCGCAGCCUCCCCCCAUGACUCUCACCUCCUGGCCACCUUCUCUCAAGACUCCAACAUUGUCCGCGUCCUCGAUGUCCGCCAGCCCGGACAGGCUCUCCUCGAGCUGAAGGGCCAUUCGUCCGCCCUCAACUGCGUCGAGUGGUCCCCGAACCGCCGCGGGGUCCUCGCCUCCGGCGCCGACGACUGCUGCGUGCUCCUCUGGGACCUCAUCAACCAGCACAACGCGGCCCCCGUGCCCCCGGCCGCGCACCCGCCCGGCGCCCCCUCCACAACCAGCGAGCGCGGCCCCGCCGCUGUCUGGCAAUGCGACUACGAAGUCUCCAACAUCAGCUGGUCGCCGCAAGGCGGCACCACCCUGGCCGGACACCCACGCGACUGGCUCGGCGUCUGCGGCGGGCGCGGCCUAUGGGGCGUAGCACUGUGAUAAACAACAACCUACACCAGCACAUAUACACCACCAAAAGACGAAAAGCAGCAUGACCCCUUCGAACUAUCCUUAGACGAUCUUCUUCCCCCCCCUCUCCUUCUCGACUUAAACUAUACCUACACCUACCUACUACCUACUACCUACCGACCCCCUGAUCACGUGUUUGUCAAUGUUUUGGAUGAUAUUUUUUUUCCCACGUUUCCUUUUUUUUUUUUUCUCUUCGCUGCCAUCGACGUAUCCCGUUUACGUUGUAAAGAAUAUCUUGGGUUAUGUAUUGUAUACGUAUACCUAGGUAGGUAGGUUACCUGGCUGGCUGGCAUGGUAUGAGUGAACGAACGAAUGAAAUGAAAUCAGCG